AUGGUACAAAUAGCACUCCUUUGCUACUCGUCUUCACACUUUUCUCUUUUCCUUAUCUUCCUCACACCACAAAUCCCAGCAUCAGGCUACGGAUGCAACAUCAGCUCACUACUACUUACUACAAGAUCUCUGAUAUGCACCGGCGGCCCUCCACCGUAUGCCCCCAGUAAUCUCAGCUGCAUCCGCCGCUUCCAGUACUAUCUAUGCCACAGCACGUACAGACAGACGUUUGUCGGUCUGCUUCUGCCUGUAUUCUUCGGCAACAUGCUUAUCGCGAUCGGCGAGAGGAAAUAUUCACCCAGCAUAUUCUGGUCAUCUUCGAGCCCAACGCCCAUAUUGCAGUUCUUUGUUAUAAUGCUGCUGAUGGCAGCUGCCGUUCUCUUGGCUAUGGCAUAUGGGAAACGUGGAGAUCCAAAGCCUGAGGCUGCCGAGAGGAUCGAUCUCUAUCUUGCUGCCGUGCCGUGCUAUUGGUACUAA